AUGGUGUUUUACCUGAUAGGACUGGGUUUGGGUGAUGUCGAAGACAUCACUGUGAAAGGACUUAGUAUAGUGAGGAAAUGUAAGCGUGUACAUCUUGAGGCUUACACGAGUAUUUUAUGCUAUGGCUUGGAUAAAUCAAAGCUCGAGGAGUUCUAUGGACGCGAAGUCAUUGAAGCGGAUCGCACAAUAGUUGAACAGAAUGCAGAUGAGAUACUGGACGGCGCCGAUGUCGACGAUAUAGCUAUGCUGGUUGUUGGAGAUCCAUUUGGUGCCACAACUCACACUGACCUCGUUCUGCGUGCAAAGCAAAAGAAUAUUCCGGUGAAGGUCGUGCACAACACGUCUAUAAUAAAUGCAGUGGGAUGCUGUGGUUUGCAACUCUACAAUUUUGGGGAGACAGUUUCAAUAGUGAUGUGGCUGGAUGGAUGGGAACCAGAUAGUUACUAUGAUAAGAUAGCAACGAAUAUGGAAAAAGGAUUUCACACCCUGUGCUUGCUUGAUAUAAAAACGAAAGAGCAGUCUGUUGAAAACAUGAUGAAAGGAAAAAACGUCUACGAGCCACCUCGAUAUCUGACUUGUGCUGAAGCAGCCACUCAGUUGUUGAAGAUAGCAGAGCGUAAGAAGGAAGCUGGUAUCAAACCAGCGUAUAACGAAUCGUCAGCCUGUGUAGGUUUGGCAAGAGUCGGCUGGGAAGAUCAGAAGAUAGUGUACUGCUCGUUGAAGGAAAUGUCUGAAUAUGAUCUUGGACCACCAUUGCACUCGUUAGUACUGCCAGGCCAUAUGCAUCCAUUGGAAAUUGAGAUGCUUAAUACUUUCAAACUGGAUAUCUAA